GUGCAAGUGCAGGCCACUACUAAACCCCCGCAUUUGAGGUUAGUUACCUGAAUAGCGAGAACGCCGUGGUGCUUUUUGGGCACAAGCUUCCCUUGAAUGUUGAAUGGUCUCAUCUGGGUUGUACAUGUUGAGGCACUCUAGCUCCACGUUAGCUAUAGCUUCAGCAAAAUCUAAACCACGGUUACUGCAAAACACCUCGGGCUCCCCCAUGGAAUUGGUCACCAUUUCACCGGCAAAAGGGUAGUAGUAAAGCAGAGCCAGAGCCAAGGCAUUUUUAGACCAACGUUUAUAUAAACACACCCUAACCCUUAUCCAUCAGCAAAAUAAACGACAUAAACUCAUCCACAUAGUCAUAAAUUCUGUCCUCGCUACUGACGGGAGCAUAAAAAUACAAUUACGAAAUAUAUUAGAAUAUAACUGUAAAAUUUUCUGCCUAAGCUCCAAAAAUUCAAGACCUUUCCAUCUAUCAGUAAUUUAAAUUUUAUGACACGGUAAAAAAAGUUAUAUUAGCGUAAUCAGACGUUACUGCAUCAUUAGCAGUUAGCAAAUUUUAUCUAAUUAAUUAAUUAGUAAUUUAAUAUUUGAAUUUCCCUCGACUUCAAAAUUCAAAUUGGACGCAUCAGGGACAGAGAGGCAACCCCUCACUGCGCAAACAGAGUUCACGGUGAUUCUCAAUUGAAUUCGAAGGGACAAAACAAAGAAAAGAAAAACCGAAAGAAGAAGAAUAAAAUCCCUUCCAUGAUAUGCUGAGGCGCGUGUUAGGGUUCUUGCUUCGCUUCUUCUUCCGAUCCUUCACCAAAGCCAUGGGCUGCUUCUUCGCCUGUUUAAGGAUCAGAGACAAUCGCCGCAUCCACACAUCGCACUCCAUUUCCGCCUCCACUCGUUCCACCGAUGUUCUCAUAUCUCGGAAUCGAUCGCCUUCUUUAUUAUUUCAAGAAGAGAGAGAUGAUUCUGCGCGGAAUGAUGGCGUGUGGUCUCAGGGAGAUUUGGAGGGACUUAAGGACGAGGCUAAGUUUCUUAAAGCUUGUGGGACCUUACCAGGAACACCUGGUGAAAUUCGCAAAGCAUCUGAGAAAUUGAAAGCAUCACCCUCUUCUGAUAAAGAUUCUGACCCUUCAAGAUUUCACUCUUGGCUUCCUAACACGUCUGUGGAGAAAUUGCAGCUGGAUGUCCAACCAUUUGAUCCACCAACUCCCAUAAAACUUUGCCAAGAAUGGGGAAAUAACAUGGAUUCUUUUGAGCACACACCAAGCAGCUGUAUCUCCACAGCACAAGACACUCAAGAUGACUCUGUUGACUAUAUGGAAAAUAGUUGGGCAGGGAACCUGCAUACCGCAGAUAGGACUGAAAGGAAUGCAGCUUCAGUUUCACCUUUGCUAGAGACAAAUACUCAGAGAAAGAACAAGUCUGUUCGUUUUGAAAGUGAUACUGACUUGGCAUCCUAUGGAAACUCAUCAGAUGAUUGGCAUAUGAAGAGAAGCUUGUCACCAAAUAACCAAAGUGCAUGUAAACAAUCUCCUUAUCCUACCCCGUUGAAGUUAUUUGAUGAGAUGCAAACACCAGGAACUGUGUAUCCUGCAUCAAUAGAAGAGUUACGUAAUGGUAAGGCUCAAGUUCGGUCGCAGUUUGUCUAUCCAACUUGCAAUCCAGGCGAGAAUGUCUUCCGGUACAAAAUACUUGAGGAGAAAGAUUUUAACCCUGAAGAAAAUUCAAGUGACCUGAGUGAUUUGGCUGAGCAUGCUCUAAAUGGAACUCCUGCUCCAGAAAAAGGGUCAAAGAAAAUUUCAAAUGAAAAUGAAGCUGUGGUGAAAUCAAAUUUGUCGUCUAGAUUAAGUCCUGAAUCAGUCAUUGCAGAGCAUUCCCCUAUUUCUCUCAAGUGGUUGGGCGACAACGGCAUCCCAAAUUCAACAAAUAAGUACAAGGAGGACCAGAAAGUAAAAUGGCACGCGACUCCGUUUGAAGUGAGGCUGGAUAAGGCACUGUCUGAGGAGAAUUUUAUAUCUCAGAGGAAGCUUGUUUGUGGAAAAUCAGUGACAUUUGAUGAGAUUGAAGAAAGUGAUACUACAGUAUCUCAGCUAGUCUGAAACUCAUUCACUGUCUGUGGUGUCAUUUUGAUGUCUGUAUAUGUCCAUCCUAUCCCAUUGUAGUCUGUCUUAUAUAGGAGGUAAUUCAAAAUUCUGGAAACUAAGUACGAAUAAACAUCAUUGAGUAUGCCGAUUGGUUCGUAUCAGCAGUUGAUUAUACAAAUUUUGCGGUACCAUAGAAGUAUCAAGGUGUUGUCGGCAAUAGUAUAGUUUCAUCCCUGCGUAAGCAGUAAGGACGUCUUUCAUUCACAGGAGGAAAGUGACAGAACUGAAUGGUUUGGAUAAGUACUGAAUGACAAGUCUCUGAGCGGUCCUUUUAUUGUUUCUCAUUUUCAUAAAGAGAAGAUCAUCAUUAUUUCCUAGUACAUUUACAAUGACAAGAUUUCUUUCACAAAU